AUGAAUGAACAGACUGAACAUGUGAGAGGGAGCUACGCCCUCUUCCUCAUGAGGAGAGAUGAUGUGAGACGGAGGGAGGAGCCAGAGAGAAACAGCGAACAGCGCAGCGUCACCUGUCCGAGGAACUCCAUGUUUCCCGGAGGAGUUGCCCCGACGCCUCUUACUGGUGGAAGUGCGUCCUUCCUGACUCCUCCCAGCUUGCCGCCCGCGCCGCCACACAGCAGUAAGCAGAUGGGCGGCGUGGCUGUCAUUACUGUGGGAGUGGGCGGCGUGGCUGUUAUUACUGUGGGAGUGGGCGGCGUGGCUGUCAUUACUGUGGGAGUGGCCGGCGUGGCUGUCAUUACUGUAGGAGUGGGCGGCGUGGCUGUUAUUACUGUGGGAGUGGGCGGCAUGGUUGUCAUUACUGUGGGAGUGGCCGGCGUGGCUGUCCUUACUGUGGGAGUGGGCGGCGUGGCUGUCAUUACUGUGGGAGUGGGCGGCGUGGCUGUCAUUACUGUGGGAGAGGGCGGCGUGGCUGUCAUUACUGUGGGAGUGGGCGGCGUGGCUGGCAUUACUGUGGGAGUGGGCAGCGUGGCUGGCAUUACUGUGGGAGUGGGCGGCGUGGCUGUCAUUACUGUGGGAGUGGGCGGCGUGGCUGUCAUUACUGUGGGAGUGGGCGGCGUGGCUGGCAUUACUGUGGGAGUGGGCGGCGUGGCUGGCAUUACUGUGGGAGUGGGCGGCGUGGCUGUCAUUACUGUGGGAGAGGGCGGCGUGGCUGUCAUUACUGUGGGAGAGGGCGGCGUGGCUGUCAUUACUGUGGGAGUGGGCGGCGUGGCUGUCAUUACUGUGGGAGAGGGCGGCGUGGCUGUCAUUACUGUGGGAGAGGGCGGCGUGGCUGUCAUUACUGUGGGAGAGGGCGGCGUGGCUGUCAUUACUGUGGGAGUGGGCGGCGUGGCUGUCAUUACUGUGGGAGUGGGCGGCGUGGCUGUCAUUACUGUGGGAGUGGGCGGCGUGGCUGUCAUUACUGUGGGAGAGGGCGGCGUGGCUGUCAUUACUGUGGGAGUGGGCGGCGUGGCUGUCAUUACUGUGGGAGUGGGCGGCGUGGCUGUCAUUACUGUGGGAGUGGGCGGCGUGGCUGUCAUUACUGUGGGAGAGGGCGGCGUGGCUGUCAUUACUGUGGGAGUGGGCGGCGUGGCUGUCAUUACUGUGGGAGUGGGCGGCGUGGCUGUCAUUACUGUGGGAGUGGGCGGCGUGGCUGUUAUUACUGUGGGAGUGGGCGGCGUGGCUGUCAUUACUGUGGGAGAGGGCGGCGUGGCUGUCAUUACUGUGGGAGUGGGCGGCGUGGCUGGCAUUACUGUGGGAGUGGGCGGCGUGGCUGUCAUUACUGUGGGAGAGGGCGGCGUGGUUACCAAUUCUCGGAGCUUCAAGCGUGACGUCAGAGAUUUAGAAUCUUAUGAUUGGCUGAAUGUGUAUCUGAUCACUGCCAAUGGGCGAUCAGGUUUACCAUGGCGUGACGUCAGCUCCAUCAAAUUGGAUUUCAAAGAUAGAUGCGCCCUUACAGCCUGCCAAUAG